AUGGCACCGUGUGCACGAAAAGCUCGCGAACCGUUCGAUGGCUGCGGUCCAUUAACUAAUUAUAAGCAACCCUCGGGAUGGCCCAACCCGGUGCCCUUACGGUGGUUCGUUGGUGCCGCGCUACUGCUGACGGUGGGCUGGCUACCGGCCCAUACCGGGGCGUUGGCAGUGACGCCGAAAAUCGAACCCGUUCAUCAUCGCUGGAGCCGGUCGGAAGCGAUGGACCCGAACGGGCUGUACACGCUCGACUGGCACAUCGACCAGAAGGACAUCGUGUUCACGGCCACCGCUAAUACGCGCGGUUUUAUGGGACUUGGCUUUUCCCACCGGUCGGAGCAUAUGGCCGGUUCGGAUCUGGUGCUGGUGUGGGUUGACGAUCGUACCGGAAAGCCGAACGUACUGGAUUGCCACGGUUCGAAAGACAAUCACCAUAUGCCGGUGCAGGACGACACGCAGAACUAUCACAUCGAGAGCGGAUACCAGAACCUAACGCACACCAGCGUUACCUUCCGGCGGGCCCUCGAAACGUGUGACCCGCAUGAUGUUAUCAUUGGUUCGGAUACGAUGAAGAUCCUAUGGUCGUACGGUGACCGUGAUCCGGUAGCAGGCAGUUUGAAGGGACACAGUGCGAACCGGGGCGCACGUUCGAUUCACUUUCUCGGACCCAUGUUUCGCCGACCGGCCGAUGCACUGCAGCGAGACGACCUACGCCAGUGGGACGUUACGGUGAAGAACGUUUCGAUCGACACCAGCAUGGACACGCUGUACUGGUGCAAGAUACUGAAGGCACCGACACUGCGCGAGAAGCAUCACAUUAUCGGCUACGAGGCACUGCUCACGAAGGAAGGUUCAACAAAACAACCACUAGUACACCACAUGACACUGUUCGAGUGCUCUACCAAUUCCUACCCUGGAUCCGAUCCAAACUCCUGGGACGUUUGGGUGAAGAGCAGUGGUGCGGUCUGCAACAGCAAUCUCCUAACGCCUCGUGACUGGGAUUCGUGCAUAACGCCGGUCGCAACUUGGGGUGUCGGUGCAUCGGGACAAUUUCUGCCCGAGCACAUCGGCAUCCCGAUCGGCGGUGAUAAGGGCGCCCCGAAGUACUACAUGCUCGAGGUACACUAUGACAAUCCGCGUGCGAAACGUGUGCUGGACCAUUCCGGCUUUCGCAUACACUAUACGCGCCACGUCCGUAAGCACGAUGCCGGUAUGAUGAUAUCCGGCGUGUCCGUGUCCGAUACGCAGAUGAUUCCACCCGGGCAGAAGCUGUAUCGCAACGUCGGCAUCUGUGGACCGUCCUGUACUGGGGCCGUCUUCCCGCCGAACGGCAUUAACAUUGUUUCGGCCGCACUACACUCACACGUGGCGGGCAGGAAGAUGAAGCUGCGGCACGUGCGGGAUGGGAAGGAGUUGCCCAGGAUCGUGGAGGAUGAUAACUACAACCAUAAUUUCCAGCAGAUCCGUCAGCUAGAAAAUGAAACGAACGUGCUGCCUGGUGACUAUCUCAUUACCGAUUGUGCCUACGAGACUGUCGGUCGACGGCGUCCCACACUCGGCGGGUACUCCACAAAGCAAGAAAUGUGCCUUUCGUUCGUAACGUACUACCCCAAAAUCGAGCUGGCCGGGUGCUACAGCAUGACACCGGUGAAGGAAUUCUUCGAAACGUUCGGUGUGUUUCAGUUCUACGCCAUGAACAUGACCGACGUGGAGAAUCUGUUCCUGUACAAUGGUAACAUUCUCGAUCUGUUACCUACGACCGUGUUUCCCAACUUUGCCCCGGGCGGUGAGGUGGACGAUGAGCAGAACCAGCUUGCCAUCAAAGCGCUACAAAAUGCGAAAGAAUACAGCAUCAUCGACGAGGAGGACGUCCUGUACAAGGAGUCAAUACUGAACAAGCUAAUCAUAUCGGAUCCGGUCGAGUUCCACGAUCGUACCUUUCUGUCGCACUUGAAUCAACUGCCCUGGUCGGAACCACUGUUUACGAGGCGUGUUGAACAGAGCAUCCUCACCGGGAAACACAUGACGUUCUGCCGCGUCUCGAGUGAUUCCAUUUCUGUGGCAUCGGAAAUAUUCAAGUAUCCCGUCUUUGACACGUUCGUAAAAGCACCGAGCCAAUGCCCGUACCAUCUGUUCAUGGAGUUUGCGGACCACACCUCCACCUCAGCAGGCAAACAGAUGUCCAGCACGAAGCUGCUUCUCCUGGCCCUAUUAAUACUCUAUCGACGGUUUAGUUCUGGCAUCCUUCAUUAACCGUAAUAGGGA